UAACGCGCCACGCGUCCCGAAUGCCUGCAUCAGUAUGCUACCGCGCGAGUUCUCCUACUUCGGUAGCUUAUUCUUCCUGACGUUGCCUGUGCACCUCGUGUACGCAAUACCAUCGUGUUUCAGUUCUGGCGGUGUCAGAUACCCGUCGUACACAUGCUCCGGUUUCAAGAACUCCGCGAACUUCGACGAGUUCGUGGAUCGAGCUUCGGUGAGGUCUAACGUUCGAUUCAUUUUGACGAACAGCCAACUGGACUCUAUUCCACCUAGGGCCUUCACCGGCAUUCGGGCUUCGGCUUUGGAGCUUGAGAACGUGCGAGUGAACAACUCACUAACUUUCGACGCGGACGGAGAUUCGUUCGUGGGGCUGGAAGCUAGCCUCGAAAAGAUCGUGUUUAGUCGAAACAGCAGUGUUCCGCGAGCGUGGACAUUCUCGAAGCGGAUGGAGAAACUGAGACAGGUUGUCUUGUUUGAGAUCAACCGGUUGAGUCUUUCGUCAAGUUUCAACGACUUACCCAAGAGCGUGGUUCAAGUGGACGUUGUCGGCUCGACUAUACAAGAUGUGGACGACCACUGGUUGUCCUCUUUGCCCAACCUUGAGGCUAUUGUGAUUAGGAACUCGAACGUCUCGUCAUUCCUGAGGACUAUGCUUCCCAACCCAGCCACUAAACUGGAAGCCUUGCUUUUGGAGAAUUGUUCCUUGACGCAACUUCCAGUCGGCUUCAGUGACUGUCUGCCCUCGCUGAAAUAUGUCAGCCUUGUGGACAACCUAAUAACCACGUUGGAUGGAGGUAGCUUUUGGCCCUUGAGAGGUGCUGACGUCAUUGUUCGCAUCACUGGAAAUCCACUGCACUGCGACUGUCGUAUGCGAGCUGUGUUGCACCACGGGCGCACUUCUCUUCAUGGCCAGUGCCGAAGCCCGGAAUGGCUGAGGGACCGUGAGCUACGCACCUUGCGACCAGAAGACCUCGAGUGCAGCUCCAGUGGAGUAGUUAACUGAACACGCUCAGUUUUUUUGUGA